AUGUCUGAAGCUGAAUCACUAGAUAGAAUUGACCCUAGCAAAUUUUUGGGUGGUAUCAUUGGAUCUUCUGUGAAGGUGAAACUACAUAACGGAGUUGAGUACCAAGGUGAUUUACAGACCAUUGAUGGAUACAUGAAUGUGGCAUUAGAAAACGGAAAAGAGGUGAUUGAUAACAAAGUGACAAAGCAUUACGGAGAUGUAUUUCUCCGAGGUAACAAUGUUUUGUACAUCAGUGAGAAUUGA